AUGGCCGCCCCGGCGCAGCUCCCGGUGGACGUGAUCGUCGAGAUCCUUCUCCGUCUGCCGGCUUCCCAGAUCAUCCGCUGCCGCCAAGUGUGCAGGGCCUGGCGCUCCGCCAUAGCCGACCCGUCCUUCGUCCAUGCGCACGCCAAGCGCCCCCCCGCCGCCGCCAGGAUUGGGGCUCAACACGAGUUCUACUACGGCAUGCCUCUCCAGCUCAACACGAGUUCUACUACGAGGCUCUACGGCAUGCCUCUCCAGCCCACCAGAAUCGUUUCCUUCGACUUCUCCGCCCGCGGCGAGCACGGGAGUGCCGGCCAUCAUCAUCAUCAUCCGCCCCAGCUUCCCCCGCGCGCCCUCUGGUUCACCUCGCCCCUCUUCACCCUGCCCGUCGGCUCCUGGGACGGGGUGGUGUGCCUCAGGCGCGGGAGCUCUCCGGACCCCCACGGCAUCGGCUUCCGCGACCAGCAGUACGUGCUGUGGAACCCGGUCGCCAUGGCCUGCGCCACCGUCCGCGCGCCGCAGCAGCGCCUGGCGGGCUACAUCGUCGGCGGCUACGCGCACCCGGGGACGGGGCGAUUCCACCUCCUGCACGCCUCUUGCCGCGAAACCCAUGGCUCCAUCAGGAUCUCCCCGACUCUCUUACGGAUCCUAAGGGUCGGCGACGACGCCUGGCGCGAGCUCCCCUUCCCGAAGAUCGUUAUGAACACGUGCAACGUCGUUAGGCUGCACGACAGCUUGCACUGGCUGGCACAGCCGUCGUCGGGAUCUGAAACGUACUGGAUGGAAUCGGCGCUGCCGCUCCAAGUGCUCGUGUUCGACACGACGAGGGAGAAGUUUUGGUUGAUGGAGACACCGGCCGAAUUAGCCGAACGUCCCCUGCGGGAGGCACAGCUCGGCGUGCUGUCGAAGAAGCUCUGCAUCUUCACCGUCGAGCCGUCGUCAAGCACGAUGGAGGUGUGGGUUCUCGACGGCUACGGCUCCGGCGGAGCUACCCCCCGCCGCCGCUGCACGAGCUGGCGGCUCGAGGAAAGGAUCGGCCUGAUCACGUGGGACGGGUACGACCUGUCGCGGGUGAUCACCACAGUGCAUCUGCAGGUGGACGUUGGGGAGAACGAGGAGGAGAUCUUGGUCACGCACGUGCAUGGCCGGAUCGACGCGUACAGCGCCGGGCGCAAAGCGUGGCGUCACGCGGGCAAUUUGCGGACCAGUUUUCUGGCGGUUGAGUUUCUGGUGAUGCACAGGGAGAGCCUUGUGCGAGGCCAGGUAAGCUUCGGGAAGGCGACGCGGGAUCUUCUCAAGUACGUGGACCACUACGGACAGCGUUUCUAUUGCCUCUGA